AUGGAGUGGAAAACUGUGGGUCGGAGGGGAUUUAGAAAUGCGGCUGUGAAAUGGGACAUUUUCCCAUUUGGAGGUAUGCAGGUGGGGUUUGAAGAGGAGAUUUCUUCGUUUUACAUCUCUGAAUUUUCGGAUAGAUCGAGAGCAGAGGAUAUUUUUAGACUAUUUGGGUGUUUGGGGGAUAUUGUGGAGGUGGUUAUUCCACCAAAAAGAAACAAGUUUGGAAGACGGUUUGGUUUUGCGAGGUUUAAGGGGGUCGAGGAUGCGAGAUUGUUGGGGGUAAAACUCGAUAAUAUAUUGAUAGAUGGUAAGAAGAUUUAUGCAAAUCUUCCCAGAUUCGUUAGAGGUGCGGUUAGCAGAGGAAUGGAUGGGAGGAAGAGUCAGGUGGGUGCUGCACAGAAGGAGACAACAAGAAGGUUUGUAGUGAAGUCAGUUGAUAGAAAGGCGAAUCAGGUUGUGAAGGGAAUUUCAUAUGCUGAUGUUAUCUCAAGUGGGGUUAGUGGGGCGAAUAUUGCUAAAGGAGUUAUCACAGAUGUGGGUAGGCAGCAACCAUCUAUAUCUUUUGCUUCAAGUGAGGAAUGCAAAUUGAGGUGGAAGAAGUCAUUUGUUGGGGAGGUUCUCUUCCCUGGAGAGACUUAUAAUAUACAGACUCAUCUAGAGAUAGAAGGCUUUUUCCUGGUGAAAGUGCACCCGAUGGGGGCUAAUCUUUGUAUGUUGGAGGAGAUGGAAGAAGGUGUGAUACAGGAGUUGUUAAACGAUGCGUCUUCAUGGUGGAAGCAAUGGUUCCGUUCUAUCAGACCCUGGAAGGAAACAGACAUAGAUAAGGAAAGGAUUUUGUGGAUCAGAGUUCAUGGUACUCCUUGCCAUGCUUGGUGCUCAGAAUUUUUUCAGAAUGUAGCGAAUGGUUUGGGUGAGUUUGUGUGUGUGGACGAAAAUACAUCUUCUGGUGAUAAUAUGGACAUUGCGAGAAUAAUGAUUAGAGUCCCUUUUAGCUUCAAGUUACAGGAGACGUUGAAGGUCUCCAUUGAUGGAGUGGAGCAUGUUUUGGUCCUUAGAGAGGACACAUACGGACCGGUCCGAAAGGUUAGAGAUGUUGCGCCUUCAAAGAGCUCUGUAGCUUCGUCGUCUGAUAGUGCUAGCGGUUUUUCUUCUUUAGCGAUAGAGGAAGAAUCCAUGGGAACCGUUGGGUCUUUGCAAGAUCUUCCGGUUUUCUCUGAUGAGGAUGUUGAGGUUGAAGUUCAGGGCAACAAAGUAGGGGAAGGAUUCGAGGCAGCCAACGGGAUUAUCGAGGAGAUAUCAGUACCUUUUGAGAUUGGAGCAGAGAAAGAUAGUUGUUUGAAUUCUCUGUUUGCUUCUAGGGUUCCGAUUUUAGGGGAUGAAGUUCAGCAAGUGGUAGAAGCUUCUCUUGUAUCUGGUAAAGGUGUUGAGUACGUGGCAAAAGGUAUUGAUGGACCGGUGGACUAUGUUGACAAAGUAAAAAAGUUGGCAGAUUUAAGUGGCCCAAAAAGCAAAACGUUAAAUGGGCCCUCUUUUAAAAUAAAAACAAAAAAGAAAUACAACGUGUUUAAUAAGAGGAAAGAGAAUGGGUCGUAUGGUCCAUCAGUGGGGCCCAAGCCAAUUAGCAGUAAUAAGGUCGUGGAAACAGAAGGGGGUGGUUCGACAAUUCUUCUUUCUUCAAAUAAAAAUCUGGAAAAACCGGCUGAGUCAGAUAUAUGUAGAUGCAACCAAAGGAUUUUGUUGAAUUUUGAUGCUUCGGCGGAGAGUAAAUUGCAAAAUUGCAUAGCUAAGUUGGGGGUGGUGGGAGGAGAUCAUAGGAGGGAGGAUAAAGGCAAACUUGAAGGUUUAAAAAUUCUGACUGAAGAGGCAAAGGAGGGAGGGUCGGUGUUAAAAAAUCGGUUAUGA